CUUCUAACUACUCUGUGUGUGUGAACAUACGCUCCUGUAAACAAUUCGUUUUACAUUUUGUUCCCAGUGAUAUUUGUUUUAAAUAUUAAUGAGAGUGAAAAUAAGAUUCACAGAUCAAAGUCUAAAGCUGUGAAGAGAGGAUCUUUAGCUUCAGAAGAGAUGUCCUUCCAAGUCAGACUGAGGCUGCUGCCGAGCGCCAGAUGUUUGUUCGACGAGCCCAUACAGGUGAAGGUGUCUGGGCUGAGGUCGAGACAGGUGGUCGCCCUGAGAGCCAGGUCAACAGACGAGAGAGGGGUGGUGUUCAGCUCCUCGGCCACCUACAGGGCUGAUGGGAGCGGGGAGAUCGACCUGGUCAGUGACCCCUCACUCAGCGGGAGCUACGUCGGGGUUGAACCCAUGGGUCUGCUGUGGUCGAUGAGGCCGGACACCCUGCACAAAAAGUUUCAAAUAAAGAAUUCACUGAAUCCUCAUGUGGUGAGGUUCUCUGUCCAUGAAGAGGAGGGGGAGGGAAGGAUGCUGGCAGAAGUGACCAAUGAGAGGAUUCUGAUUGGAGACGGUGUCAUCCGGCGCCCUGUCAGAGAGGGGAAUACUCGUGGAGUCCUGUUUACUCCCCCCGGAAGAGGUCCGUUCCCUGCCGUGCUGGAGCUCUACAUUUUAGGAGGAGCUUUGUCCGAGAAAAGGGCCUCUCUGCUGGCCAGUCGAGGAUUUGUGGUUCUGUCUGUUGUGGCGUACGGCCAUGACGACAUGCCCAGUAACAUUAAAGAGCUUCAUCUGGAUUAUUUUGAGGAAGCAAUACAGUUUUUAAAAAAACAAGACAAGGUGGGCAGUAAAGGAGUUGGCGUACUUACCAUUUCAAAAACGGGAGAUGUUGCACUUUCAGUCGCCUCUUACCUGCCAGAUGUUGAGGCCACAGUGUGGAUCAAUGGCUGCUGUGCCAAUACAGCUUUACCCCUCUACUAUAAGAAAAGCCAAAUCCUCCCUGCAUUAAUGUUUGACUUGAGCAAGAUGAUUCCCACUGAGUCAGGAGCCAACAUGGUCAAGAAUGUUUUGCACAAUCCCCUGGCAGAGGAGAACAAGGCCACCCUGGUCCCCAUUGAACAAGCCAAGGGACGUUUCCUCUUUGCAGCCGCAGAGGACGACCUCAACUGGGACACUAAGGCUUAUAUGGAUGAGAUGGUGGAGAGACUGAAGCAUCAUGGGAAGGAGAACUUUGAAAGUGUGAGCUACCCUGGAGCAGGACAUUACCUAGAGCCACCUUAUGGACCCUACUGCCCCUCCAGCUUUCACUGGCUUGCGGGUAAACCAGUCCUGUGGGGGGGUGAGGCCCGGUCCCACGCAGCAGCUGAAGUCCACCUGUGGAAGAAGAUCCAGGAGUUCUUCAGAGCUCACCUGAGCGUAGAUGCUACUCAGACUAUAGCCAAGUUAUAGGUGUAAAUACACUGAUAGAAACAUUAGAAGAAAUAAACUUGUUUUAAUGUUGGUUUCAUGUUUCCACAAUUUUUUGACCCAAGUGAACUUGUAGCUCACUGUCUGUUUAUUCCUUACUCACAAAACUUACUUUCUGCAUUUUUUUUGGAAUUAUGUAAUUUGUUUAAAAUUUCUGGACUUUAUGAUGCCUUCAAAAAACCCAGCUCACUAUAUAUAGGUGGCUUUAGUGGUUUAAUGUGAAAAGUAGUGCAUAAUAACUUUUUGUCUAGAUGAUAAUUAUUAUACAGUGGGUGCAAGACAUUAGAAAGGAAAUGUUUACUGUGCUGAAAGACUGAAAUAAUGGUAUACAUUUUGAAAUAAUUAAAUUUUCUGAACUUGAGACAAUAAGACUGCAGAAUUUAGGACUUUAUUUUCUAUUUUGAAUACUGAAUAUGAAUUUUUAAGGUGCAAUAAAACAUUUACACAUCAUUUUGUAUGCACAAUAGAUUAAAAUGUGGUAAAUAGGUCACGUCAUUCAUGCAGUUCAUUUUCAUGGCUCU